AUGGCCAAUAUAAAUAACUCGGAAAUUGAAGCCAAAAUUGGAGAACGAAGUACGAACCUUCCAUGGUAUCAAGUUACUAUUCCGUCUACGAAACUCGAUGGAUCGAUUCGCGAGCUGCUCGAAGACUACGCGGGAAUCCCACCUUCCGAAGUUGAGCCUCAUGUUCAAAAUAUUCGUAAUCGUGCUUGGAGUAUCUUCCCCUAUCCUUGCAUAGGAAAUUUUCAAUUCCUCGACAUCGUUAUCACAUCCUUCCCAUACUAUCCUAAACUUCUCUCGCGGUUAGCUUCUCCAGGUACCAAGUUCCUCGAUCUUGGUUGUUGCUUUGGUCAAAUCAUUCGACGGCUUGUCUAUGAUGGUGCUCUGCCAGAAAACCUUUAUGGUUGUGACUUGCGAACGGAGUUCUUUGAACUUGGCUAUGAUCUCUUUAAGGAUAAAGACAAUUUGAAAAGUACGCUCUUCAAAGCAGAUAUAUUUGAUGAGGACAAUGUGGAUAUGAAAAGGCUUGAGGGAGAUAUUGAUUUAAUCUACGCCGGAAGUUUUCUCCAUAUGUAUGGAUGGGAUGAUCAGGUCAAGAUAUGCAAGAUAUUGGCAAGGGCUAUGAAGAAAGAGGGAAGUGUGCUUAUGGGAAGGCAGGGUGGAGGUAAAGUUGCGAAAGAGGUAACAUUUCCCCUUCACGAAGAGAACAAGAUGUUUGUACACAACGCGGAGAGCUUUCGAAAGAUGUGGGACGAGGCAACCGAGACGACUGGCACAAGAUGGAAAGUGGAAUGUGAGGAGGUUCAACUACGCAGUGACGAUUGGAGAGGAGCGGAAGGGAUGGUUUGGCUUCAAUUUAUCAUCUUCAGAGAAUAG